AAUUAUAUUAUAGGGAGAAAUAGGCGGAGCAUGAAUGCACGUUUCUAUUUUGCACAUUGCCCUAUCAAUUCCGAUCAUAUAAAACAGCUGAACCAAAUCUCAAAUCAAUAGCAGACAAAGCGCAACUGGAACGGAGUCAGGUCAGCCUUGUUGAAUUGUUUGAGCUAAGAUAUAAUUCAAACUGAAAAUGGAUCCUUGUGAUUGCUCAAAAACUGGACGCUGCAGUUGCGGUGGACUCUGCAAGUCUACAAACUGCGGAUGUGCCACGAAAAGUUGUUGUUCCUGCUGCCCGACUGGAUGCAGCAAGUGCGCCUCUGGUUGUGUGUGCAAGGAGGGCAAGACGUGCGACACAAGCUGCUGUCAGUGAGGGCUUGACACAACACUCCAUGUCCUCUACCCGUGCACAUGACAUUAUCCCGGUUGAACAACAUGAGCAUUGUAAUAAAUUGCAUCUCCAAUUU